AUGCAAAGCAAAGAAAAAUUAAGAGGUGGGAAUUCUAUAACACUGGACAAUAAAGAUGUAGAAACAUCUCAAAUUAAUGAUUCUACUACAAUAUAUAUACCAGAUGUUAAUUCAAGCAUGGUUUAUUUAAAUAUAUACGAUUUAGAUCCUGUUUCAAAAGUUCUUAAUUCUGUUGUAAAGCCUAUUGGAACAGGCGCUUUCCAUGCUGGAGUUGAAGUAUAUGGUUAUGAAUAUUCGUUUGGUUAUGUGGCGGAUGGUAAAACUGGAGUAAUGAAAUCGGAUCCAAGAUAUCAUCCCUAUCAUGUUUAUCGUGAAAGUAUUUCUAUGGGUAAAACACCAUUGACAAAAACCGAAGUUAAUCUCCUUGUCGACGUUAUGAAACUUCAAUGGAUUGGAGACACAUAUGAUAUAUUAUCAAGGAACUGUUUAAACUAUGCCGAUUAUUUUUGUAAUUUAUUAGAUGUUGGAGGGGUACCUGAUUGGGUAAUGAGUUUGCAAAAAAAUCUAAUCUGGGUCAAAUCAAAUAUUAAUGUUGCAUCUAGUAAAUUGAAGGAAUUAAAUAAAGCUUCUGGAUUGCCAAAUGUUUUAAAUUAUGUUAAAAAAAAGUGCAUCAAAAAAAAUGAAAAUCCAAAAAAAUGUAAAGUUGUUUUAAAAUAA